AGCGCUUGCUACUUUGGCGUGCUAUGUCAGCACAAUGAAGCUCUAAGCUAGUGACCAGAUGGUUAUUGUUCAUAGGCCUGGUUUGGGAAAAUUCCAUGCACGGGAAAUUUUGUGGGUCUACCAGUUAACAGCAAGAGACAUCAAUAAACCGACAUGACAUCGACGGCGAUCAGCGUUGAUUUGAUCACAAGGGGACACAACUCGAUUCAACAGUUCUCAAUGGAACCUUCCAACAGCUCGACCAUUGUGGUCAGCAACACUACCAACUACACGUCAUCUGUCAAUGACACAACCACUCCUGGAUACGUGCACAGCGUCCACGACAUCACGUACGACUUCAAAAUCCGCCGUAUCGUUCUCUUCCUGCAGAUCAUCCUCGGGGCUAUAGGGGGGUUCCUCGUUAUCCUGUGGAUGUGGUACAACCGACGACAAAGGUCCCGAGUGAACGCCCUGAUUCUGAACCUAUGCGUGAGCGACUUGUGUGUUGUCUUCUUUGCGCUGCUUCCCCAACUCGUAUGGGAGUACGUUGAGCGAGAGUGGAUGGCAGGUGAAGUUAUGUGCAGACUUGUCAAAUUCAUGCAAAGCUUUGCUUUGUUUGCUUCAGCCAACAUGCUUGUGAUCAUAGCAUUGGACAGACAUCAAGCAAUACGGGCACCUCUAAGAGAACCCUGCAAAGUGUGGAUGAUGACUGGAUGGGGCUGGGGUGCUGCUGCGGUUCUGUCCGUUCCUAUGAUGUUUGUCUUUCACCUGAAAUUCAACGAGCAUGAAAAUAUGAUGAAAUGCGAAAAUAUUUUCCGAGGCAAGGCUCCGUGGCAUAGACAAGCCUUCAUAACGUACGCUGCCAUUGUCGUAUUUCUGCUACCUCUCAUCAUCUUGGUCGUCUGCUAUGUACGAAUCUUCACAAAAAUUGCUCAAAAGGCCUCUGAAAACAAGACAUCACGACGACAAAGUUUUAAACCUGGCAAAAUCCACCUUACCAGUACCGGAAACACAUCUCUCCCAAAAGCAAAGAUCAAAACUCUGAAAAUGACAGUCGUAAUAGUCGCUGCUUACAUCAUCUGCGGGUUGCCAUAUUUUGUUGCAGAGAUGAUAAUGUCCUAUGGCAACUUCAAAAUUUUGGAAGAAAAUAUAUACGGAAUUCUUGGAGGCAUCGCAGCUGCCAACUCCUGCGCCAAUCCUUUUGUGUUCCUGCUCUUCAACGCCAACUGGCAGUGUGUUCGGGGUCUGAAGCUUUGUCCCAUGCAGACAGAAGCCACGAAGAGAAGCUUUAUGUAUUCAACAGCCAGUACUAGAUCGGAAUAUUCAACCAGUUAUGCUAGAGGAACUCCUAUCACUGCGUCUGAUACCUACGAGAUGUCAACGGUUCGAGUUCAUUAAAUCUUGACAUUUUUGUUGACGAUCUGAACAGCAUCAAUGAAUGUGUGUCUUGGUAUUUUAAAGGACCAGGAUACAUCCGAUCCAUGGUAAUACUAUAGUGACUUAAGGUGGCCCUUAUUACGAGGGUGGAGAUGUUGAUAGAGGAAGAUUGUUGCUUGGUUUAAAGACAGAAAGGCCCAUACAGUAUUACAUCUGCAUAACCACCUGAAACAUGUUGCUGGUUUUGGUGACUUGCGAGGAGAGGGCAGUGAAACUGCACAAGGUCAUCUGACAUGGCGCCUGUGAUUCCAUGGGACAUGAUAAAGUGCUAUGUUGCAAUGGUUGGAAAAUAACCAUAACGUAACCUUGUAUUCAUCACUUUCUCCAAUGCUGCUCCAGUUUGUAGAUACUGAUCCACAUGGAUUACAUUAAAAUUCAAAUAGGGAAACACUGCAAUCAGCGUUGGAGCUUUCGAUACACCUCAGUUCAUCAUUCCUGCUACCAGGUACGACGUGUUUGUGUUUGAAGAUAUACCUUUUGUAUACGGUAAGGAGAACAGGAGCCGUUUACACAUCACCACGUGAUCAGCAUCUUCAUGUGUAUAUGGCUGUUUAUAUUGAUCGUGAGCAAACGUGUUUUAGGUCAAUUGCUACUAAUAUCAUAACGUCAGUGCAGAAGAAUAUCCAGUCUUGACUAUCCUUUUUAAUGAAUGGACCACUGAAAAUAGGAUGAAAUAAGGUGUUCGCGAAAAGAGUAAGUAUGUCCCUCCCUACAAGUAGCUUCCGCUAUUCACACAAUAGGCCUAAAAAUCAAGUAACGUUUUCAUAAACAUAUUUGGAAUCCUGUUUCUCAUUUUCUUCAGUGAGUUUUGUCGGAGAAAAUGUGGCUGAUGAAUAAAAAGGGCUUGUUGUUGAUCUGACAACGCACACUGGCAAGAGUCGAUUCCAGACUGAUACAUGAUACACCAAGACAAGUACUUUUAACCACACCCGAAAUGUUGUAGUCAGUUCUUCAUAACUGAUUCAGUAGGUAAUAACGGUAUUUUUGUAUGACAAUGAAUAUAUCGUAUAUGUCUCGUGUAUUUCUUGGGCUAAUGACUUACAUUGUGUUUGGAUACCUGACGUAUACGCCAUGAAUUAACCAAAAGCGAAUCCUGCACAGGAAAGGAGUACAACUCUACGCAGACAGUGUAGCCCAGUGUCCAAUCACAACAUCACGUCGUAUUCUUCACCUUAUGGACAUACAAACGGUUUACGAAAUUGUGGGUUCAAAAGGCUCAAGAUAAUACCUAAAAAAGAUCUCAUCAUUCUGUGGCUGAUCGGGCAAUAAAUCAUAAUUCUAUGCUGUCCAUGCAGCCAGGUCUGUGUUGUGUAUGGAUUAAUGAUGUUUUAUAUGGUGGCUAUAGUGAUUCUUGUAUGAUUUACAUGCAGCUUUGAUCAUUUAAAUGUCAUUGUUUAAAUUAUAAUAAGAAAAUUUGCUACUUUAAACAAAAUGUAUGAAACCGUAUGUUCAAUUUUCUUUUGACGUUUAGGCAAGAGACAGACGUUCCCAUAGACACCAGUUGCGCUCACUUCUUGCUGAUCUGUUUAUUGGUGCAUAUGAAUAGGAAUUUCUGCUUGGGUUGGCAACCCGUGAAGAUCCGGGUUAGAAUAUU